GGUGUUGCCCAAGCACUUCGGUACACCUGCUCGCGUUGGUCCCCAGCGCGACGAAGGCGGUAGUUCCUCCUCUUCGAGAACGCAGGCGUGGCCACACACGACCAUUAAGGGAAGCGGCAAGCAUGUCUGCGCGUGGCGGCGCCCGUGGCAAGAAGCGGGAAAACAUGCCCGCGGACACUCAGGGGCGGGAAACGGGUCGGCGGCAUGUCCCCAAGGCGAAGAGGCUUCGUUCGAAAAAAGCAUCAGCAAGCCUGCCUCUUCGGCGAGAGCGAUAUUGGGCUACAGCUAACGAGGAGGAGGACGACGACGUGUUUACGACGGAGGAAGAAGCAGCAGAGGACACCGUGUCGGCACCUCGGGGAAGCACUCUUCAAAGGCCACCUCAGCGUGGCCUGCUGUCCACGCCAUCUCGGCCGCGUCUGCGCAACACGGCUGCAGAGGGAGGCCCCAUGGAACGCGGCGGAGGUGAGGGGGCCCAGCAACAAGCGCGCGUGGCGAGUGGGGGGGCGGUCGCUGGUGCAGCCGCUGGGUCUUUGGGCAUUGUUGCUGCCGUGGCAAGAGCGAGAGAGGAGGUCCCUGUUGUGGAGCGGGAGGUGCCACGCGGCGACAACAAGGGUGAUAGGGAGGAUGAGGACCCUCUUUUAAGCCGGGUUCGGAUGGGAGGGAUGGCGAAAGAUCUCACCGAGUGUACCCGCCUGUGGGUUGAUGACAAAGCGUUUUGGAUGACGGGGGGGGGGAGAAGACUGUACAACAUCGUCCACGAAAAGCGGGAGUACUUUGUCGCCAUAGCCAGCGGGCUGCAAGCGCCCGCCGUCCCCCGGAGCGUCGUCUUGCCAAAAUCCGCCACGAGCCUGACAAGGAUUGCAGAUCCCGCACAACUGCAGCAGGCGAUCUCCUGCGCGACGGCAGCGGAGAACAUUGCUCUACGCGUCUUGCACGGAUGGGUCUUCAAGUCCGGGAACCGCCCUCGAGGAUACAAUCUCGCUUUCCAGUACGUGUUGGAGUCAGUGGCGAUGGACAUUGUGCGUGCCAUGUGGUACGACGAGGAGUGGAGCAACGUCGCCGUGGCAGCGGCCGUGUCCACGGUCGUUCUUCGAUGUCAGCAGGAGAGGGCGCUGGGGCGACUGAAGGAGCAGUUGCGAGCGCGUAGAUGGAGGACAUUGACGCAAGGUCCGGACGAUGGGGCCGAAUACGUGGCGACGUCGGAGGCUGUUGUUCACGUGUGCUACGCGUUGGGUUGCAGAGUGAUUCCUCGUGCGGCGCUGCGGUGGUGGGUGAAUCGCAGGACAGGAGGCACGUGGGAAGACCUCAGGCAAUGCGACGACGCCACAGACGACUACUUCUGGGAUAAGCUACGAAUGUCGCCGCGAGUGUUCCAGGAGAUCGCAAAGGCGUUUGUGCCUCAUCUUCAGCGGCGGGUCACGUUCUACAGGGAGCCUUUGCAGCCGGACCAGAUUGUGGAGUACGCACUGUACAGGUGGGCUACAGGGGAGACGUACGAGAGUGCCACGUCAGCAGCUGGCAGGUCAGCAGUUGCCACGUCAUCGGCUGCCACGUCAGCAGCUAGCACCUCAGCAGUUGCCACGUCAGCAGCUCGCACAUCAGUAGCUGCCACGUAUGUCCUUGGCACAUCAGCAGCUGCCACGACAGGAGGCGCCACUUYAGUAGCAUUCCCCCUCAACASCUCACACAUAAGGACCUGCCGCAUCAACAGCUGCCACAUCGGYACUUGCCGCGUGAACUGGUACCGCGCGUGUGGCACCAUGGCCAGCACCAGCGCAGCUGCUGGAGGGGUUUUGCGUUCGUCCACAGUCUCCUUCCAAGAGGACACAAACUACAGGGGCAAGCACGUCGUGUGGACUUGGGUGACUCCCRACCAACUUUUGUCGGGGAAUGCUCGAGGUGYGAGGAAGCUAAAGUGCAAAUUGUGCGGCCUUGAGUACACUGGGAAUCAAAAUCSGGCCGGCGAGCACUUCUAUAAGAAGAGGCCCUCCGCCCGGUGUCCACAAGCCAGCCUUGCGAUCUGGAGGAGAUUGCACAAGGCCGGCRCUCAGUUCCCACCGGACAUUCUGGAGAGGGUGCAGCGCGCGAUGGAGGGGAACCCCAACGACGACGAUGGUGCCCAUGCGGUAGAGGACAUUGCAGGCAGCGAAGGUGAAAGACGCUGCGUCGGUGGGGUGGUUGAAGAGGCGGCUGGUGGGCAUCCUCUUGCUGGAGGAGACGAGUGCACGAGGGGGGAGGUGACAGGUGGAGGCACUGCUAUUCGGACACCGACUUCCUCGCAGGUCGAGCGGCGGGCGGGCCGCACAGCAGUGGUGGGCAGGCAAAUGAGCAUUGUGAGGUAUGCGAAGAACCCGAGGCAGGAGGCUAUUGACGACUCUUGCUACGAGUUUUUCGUGGAGAAUGCCAUCCCAUUCAACAAUGAGGAGCAGGCGAUCCGGGACGAUUGGGAAGUCACAGGCUGCACAUUCAUAACCGAUGGCACCACAGACAUAUAUGGGCGAUCGCUUAUGAACUUCAUCCUUGCUGGGCGGGCGAAGCCGGUUUUCAUCAAGUGUGAGGAUGUGAGCGAGGGGGAUAAGGACUCAGUUGCUGCCGUUGCCAGUUGGAAGAGGUUCUUCAGGGAGUGGGGGGUGGACAAGAUCACUGCCAUCCRCACAGAUUCCUUCGCUGGAAAUACAAGUGCUGCAAGGAUGUUGAGGGAGGAUCCGGAGUUCGAGCAGAUCUACUGGAUUCCUUGCACGACUCACURCAUGGACAUGCUCAUGCACGAUAUUUGGAAGCAGGAAUGGGCCGAUGACAUCAUCAAGAAGGCCAACAAGGUGGUGAACUUCUUCAGACUCCACAUGUGGCCACGAUCCYAGUUGAGGACGCAACURUUGCAAUCCCCAGAGUUGAAUUGCACUUGCUUGCUUCGCCCUGCGCAAACAAGGUUUGGGACCCACUACRUCAUGCUGCAGCGGCUCRAGGUGUGCGUGAAGGCCAUCACUCGGAUUGUGAACGGAUUCGCUUGGGAGAAUAUGGUGUGGYGAGGGGACAUUAGGGAGAAGGCCUUCUUCGUGSAGGAAACURUUCUUGACAGGACCUUUUGGACUAAUGUGAAGAAGUUGGCCGCCCUGAUGAAGGGCCCCUAUGACGUGUUGCGAGAGGUGGAUAAGGAUGUCCACUGCCUCUCACGCAUCUAUGACAUGGCCUGCCAGUUGCCGGUCUUCUUUCGUGCAGCCCGCCUCACGGAUGAGGAGCGAGACAUCAUCUUGACGGCGGUGGCGAACAGGACUGACAUGCUGCUCAGCCCCAUUCAUGUUGUGGCCCGGUUGCUUGAUCCUGUCUUGAGGGACAUUGCCGUUUUCAGCAAUGUGGAGCUCAUGAUGCAGUUUGAGAGCAUUGUCGAUCGACUCAUCGGAAAGAGGGGGAGCAAGAAGUUCACCGACUGUAUGGACCAGUUGUACGACUUCCAGUUCGGGAACGGGGUGUUUGGCUCCGAGCGGGCAGUGCAGAGGGCCUCGAAGGACAACGCAGUGUUGUGGUGGGAAGCGCAUGGGGCAGGGCAUCCAGAGAUCAAGGCCUUGGCAAUCAAGCAACCGGUCACUAUUCUUCGUCAGCUUCAACGUCUUCGACAGUCCCACAUCCAUGUGCGUCAUGGCCAGUUCAAGCAAGGGCAGGAGGUGGACCCAAAAGGGUAUGGGCAGUACAGGGUGAGAAGUAGGCUGUGCAACCAGUUGUUCACAGCAUCGAAGUCACGUGCGGUGCAACAUUUCCUGAAGAAGAGAGCAGCAUGUCCUUACCGCACGGGGGAGAUUCUCCAUUUGUUGGAGUUGGAUGGAGCUAACAUUAAAGAAGGUGGUGCAACAACUCAGACAAUGCUGCAUAAGUACAGAAUAGAUAAUGGCAUCGGCGAGGACUGCGGCUUGGAAGCGGAGCCAGUGCGUCAGGCAGCAACGGAGUUGGAGCGGCAUAUUGUCCCACCGCCUGCACCGGGGAGGGACUCUAUUGUAAACAUUGACACCGCACAAGAAGCUGAGCCUGCCGAUCCAGAUGUGGUGGUGGGAGAUGAGAUGGCCCCUGGUCCGUCAGGUCAGGCAUCCACAAAGGUAUCGAAAUCGGGGAAGACAACACAGACUUCCAUUAGGAAGUGGACAGAGAACACCGCCCAAAAGAGACUUGAUCUUGCAUGGUUGGAGGCAUUGUGCAGGGCGGGCGUGCCAUUCAACUUCAUUCGGUUGGACAUAACGAAGGAGCUUCAUGACAUGUACAUGGAGUUCGCGGUCCRCAACGCACGAAUGGACUUGCCUGCCUUUGAAACCAUCCGGACAGUGGCUUUGAAUAUUGUGUAUGACAAUGUUCGGGCAGAGGUGCGGCCGCUUAUGGACAAGUGGGACAUCAGCGGUUGCACUCUCAUCACCGAUGAGACCCAAGACAGGAAGUCGAGGGCUGUGUUGAACUUUGUAGCGGCUGGAGAGAGCAGGGCUGGCUCAUCAAGGUUGUGGAUGUCUCUGAUGGGAAGAAAAACACGAGAGCAUUGGCAAAGUUAUGGGAAGAGGAAGGUGCUUGUCAUGCCAACGGAGGUCAGAUUCGCAUCUGUUUACCAGAUGUUGAUUCGUAUAUGGGACAGGAGACAUGUGCUGAAGCACAUAAUGGACAACGGCUGGUUUGACAUCUAUUGGAGCAGUCGGAAAGACAGGGAGGAUGCAGAGGAUAUCUUCGCUCAUGUGAGAUGUGACAUCUGGUGGCAGAAGGUGGACACUAUUCUCUCCAUCAUGAAGCCCAUAUACGACCUGCUGCGAAUGAUGGACAGUGAUAAGGUGGCGCCUUCACAGUUGUGGGGCUUCGACGACCUCCUCAUCAAACGGAUGCGGACCAUGUCAAGUGUGACCAGCGAGCAGCACCACGAGAUAAUGAAGUUGGUCGUCAAUCGUUGCAAGAUGAUGCGUCAGCCAGCCCAUGCAACAAACUUCUUGUUGUCACCUGCGCGGAGGGACCCCAGAUGGUUGCUGAACAAGGACUCCCCACUCGUGCACAACGCAUUGAAGUUCUUCUUGACACAGUUGGGCAGGAACUCUUGGGGCGAUUUGGACUCUCACGAGGAAGUGUGGAACAGCCUGUGGACAUUUCAUUGCCAACCACCGAAGGAGAAGAUGAAGGAUGAGGAUUUGUGGAAUCGGUUCGUUGUUGCCGACGCAACUUUGGAGAGGAAGACAUCAUCUCAAUGGCGGGGCUUGUACGGCGAAAGUGUAGUUAAGUUGGUUUACUACAUUCACUGGAACAUGCAGUUGUUGCGGGUUCCCAGGAGCACGACUGACGGGUUCAUUGACCUGUGGGCAACCUUCUUCGACGAGCUUGAGGCACCUCCGGUGACGAACGAUGCAGCCAAGGAUCGCCGUGAAGUGGACAAGGAGGAGGAGGCGGCGAGGGUUGCACGCCUGAAGAAAAUUCCAAAAGGGAGGCUUCCCGCUGGCUUGUUCAGCGAUGAUUCUGGGAGCAGUGACAACGAGGACUUGGUGUGGUGUGAUAAGGUGGAAAACAGGGUGCAUCCAGCACGAGGUGGGAAGGGGAAAGGGAAGGCCGCUGUUGUUGAAGACGAGGAGGACGAGUGGGAUGAUGAUUAUGAUGAUGAUGACAACGACUCGGAUUUUGAAAUUCGUCCACGCACGGGCUGCAUGGACUCAGACAUGAACGGAGGACGGGCCGACUUGUGGGACGUGCCUGAAGCAACGUGUCACUUGGACAGUGGCGAUGACCUCAUCGUGGAGGACAGUGAGGCACGUGAUCGCAAGGUCAGAGCGGAAGCACAAUCUCUGGCGGACAGGGAUCGUGUAAUGGUGCAACAACAUAUGGCAGAGGAAAACUCACGUCGACUAGCAGUCCCGGCACACCUGAGAACCGUGGAGGGGCAUGUGCAGCAGCAGGCCGAGCAACGACCACAGGAGCUGGUGGAACAGCUGGUGGAGCAGAAUCCGCAGCGGGUGGUGCGGCAGCAGCAGGAGCAGCGCCCUCAGCAGAAGUAGCAUGAGGUGGAGCCAGGGCAGCAGCAAGUGGAGAAGCAGUUGAAGCAGGACAUGGAGCAGGAGCAGCAGAAUAUGAAGCAGCAACAACAAC